AAUAACACACACACACACACUUUACUCAUUACAAAACUAAUUCAAAGCUGCAUUGAGCAUCAUGGGAGCCAACUUUUCCAGUUUUGAGUUUGUGGAAAAAUCAUCAUACUCAUCAUCAACAUCAUCAUCGUUCAUCCUCACCUUCCAUUCCACUGCUAAAUGGAACGCACACUUUCAUGCCUCCAAAGAAACUAACAAGCUCUUGGUCAUCGACUUCACUGCUACGUGGUGUGGACCUUGCAAAACCAUGGACCCAAUAAUAAAAGAGUUUGCUGCAAAAUACACAGACGUGGAGUUCAUUAAGAUUGAUGUCGAUGAGUUGAUGGAGGUGGCACAGGGUUUCCAGGUGCAAACAAUGCCAACAUUUAUACUGAUAAAGAAAGGGAAAGUGGUGGAAAAGGUGGUGGGAGCCAAAAAGGAGGAGUUGCAGAAGCUCAUUGAGAAACGCAGGAAUUGAUGACUGUAUGCAUGCAUGCAUAUCUAUCUCCUACCGUAAUAAAAAAGUAUUUGGGAUGACUUUGGAGUAUAUAAAUAUAUAUAUUUUAUGUAUAUAAUAUAUAUAUAUAUAUAUAUAUAUAUAGAGAGAGAGAGAGAGAGAGAGAGAGAGAGAGAGAGAGAGAUAAGGUGUUGCUUUCUGGCAUGAGCAUGACAAUGGAGUGUGUAAAUCUAGCUGUAGCAUAUGUUGUGUAUGCAUGCAUGGAUGCAUGCUUAUUUUAAUUACAGUAAGUUGUAUCUUAGUAUA